AUGGCGAUGUUUGGUCAUAUUCUCGUGUCGUUCACCCUUGCUGGUGGCACCAAGCUGCAGUGGGGUAAGGCCAAGAUCCUAUGUCCGUUGAUCAUUGGGUUUGCCUUGAUUCCUCCCGUGAUCUUGUACAAAGUCAAGUUCGCCAAAAAUCCUCUCGUGCCGGUGAGAGCGUUAAAGGUCAAGAGUAUCAGGGCCGGGAUGACCAUUACCACGUUGCAGAUGGUGGUGUGGUGGAUGCCCGCUGACUAUAUGUACACGUUGCUUAUUGUCGGUGUCAAUCAAUCGAUUGCUCUGGCAACGAGAAGAACUUCUCUCGGGGAGUUUGUCUAUACCAUCACAGGUACGAUCGUGGGGUUCUUUGUCGCCAAGUUCCGCCACACCCAGCCGUUGAUUAUUGCCGGGGUGCUGAUCUGUUUCGUCGCCGUGGGGAUGCUUGUUCACUUCUGUACCGGUCUUUCGGCGUACGGAGGGUAA